CCCCGCCUGGGGAGGGGCGGGGGCCGGGCGGGACGCGCCGCCCCCUCCACCUGCUGCCGCUGCGCCAUCGCCGGCUGGGGGGAGCCGCCGCCCGUCGUCCCCGCGGGCCCCUUUGUGCUCCGCUCCAGAGCUGCCUCAGCCAGGCGGCGGCUGCGUCACGGCCCCGGCGCUGCGGCCGCCCAGAGCCACCCGCGGAGGGAGAGCCGCCGCCUCGCCCCCCGCUCCGCCAUCGCUGCGCGGCCGCGGCGGAACGACGCGCCCCGAGCCAGGGCCGGCAGCCGCGGCGAAGGUUUCUCGGGUCCCUCGAGGGCUGGGAAAAGGUCUGAUUUCUGAUAUUUUGCAUUUCUGUGCGUGUGUGCCUGUGUGUGCCAGCAGAAAAUCUCUCUAUCCUGGAAGAAUGGUGAAACUGGGGAAUAAUUUCAGCGAGAAGAGCACAAAGCAGCCCCUCUUGGAGGAUGGAUUUGACACCAUCCCCCUGAUCACACCCCUGGAUGUCAAUCAGCUCCAGUUCCCACCUCCUGAUAAGGUUGUGGUCAAAACAAAAACAGAAUAUGAACCUGAUCGCAAGAAGGGAAAGUUCCGUACUCCUAAAAUAGCUGAAUUCACAAUCAGCAUCACUGAAGGGGUUUCAGAAAGAUUUAAGGUAACUGUGCUGGUCCUUUUUGCCCUUGCAUUCCUAACGUGUGUUGUGUUUCUGGUAGUCUACAAGGUUUACAAGUAUGAUCAUACCUGUCCAGAAGGAUUUGUUUUCAAGAAUAAUCAGUGCAUUCCAGCUGGGUUGGAAAACUACUACUCUGAGCAAGACUCCAGCGCUCGAGGGAAAUUUUACACGGUCAUAAACCACUACAACCUGGCCAAACAAACCAUCACGCGCUCCGUGUCCCCGUGGAUGACAGUACUGUCAGAAGAGAAACUCUCUGAACAGGAGACUGAAGCUGCUGAGAAAUCAGCUUAGUAGGAUAAGCUAAUUAUUAAAACUAUGUCAUUUGAAGGUAACUAAGGGACUUCAAGGAACUUUUCAUUAAAUAUAAUUAUGGAUAAUUUAGAGGUUACUCAUGUUUAUGGUGUAACUGCUUCUGUUUGCUGAUACUGCUUUGCAAAAAAAAAAAAAAAAAGAAAAAACUGAAAACAAAAA